AUGAGGGUGGGAAAAGACACCGACUGGUAUUACGUAAUCUACAGGGAUGGUCAAGGAUUUCUACCCUACAGCUCAGAUAAGAGAUAUACAUCACAAUCUCUGUCGACAGACGACAGUGGUGAAUACCAGUGCAUUGGUGAUCACAAGCGCUCAGCAUAUUCAAGAAAAGAAAGUAAUAAAGUCUCUCUAACUGUAUCAGACAAAGAUGUGAUCCUGGAAAGUCCUGCGUCCACUGUGUUUGAAGGAGAAUCAGUGACCCUGCGCUGUCGACAUCGUACUCAGACAAAGGAGAAGAAUGCUGUUUUCUACAAAGACGGAUCACCUAUUGAAAGAGACACAAACCAUCAGUCAGCGAUGUCUUCAGAAAACACAGUUCAAGUCAUUUCAGAUGGGAGCUCUUACAUGUGUAAAUUUGAGGACGAAGAAUCUGAACCAGUAAAACUCAAAAUGGAACCACAACCAAAGGCCAGACUGAGCAGACACUUUCCAUCAGGGGGCAGUGUGAUGCUGACCUGCUCUGUGAGCCCAUCAUCAUCAUCAUCAUCAUCAUCAUCUGGUUGGAAAUACUUCUGGUACAGAGGCAAGAAAACCUCUGAACCUCUGACCACACAAGAUGUUGUCUUCCUCUCAAAUGACACAAUCAGUGUCUCACAGGGAGGACUCUACUGGUGCAGAGGAGGAAGAGGAGAUCCACUUUACUACACAGAGUACAGUGAUGCAGUCGUCACAAACAGAGCUGUUGUGACCCUGCGACCCAACUGGCCUGAGAUAUACUAUCUGGAGACGAUCACACUUACAUGUGAAAUUGAAGAUGGAGGAGACGCUGAGUGGGAGUAUGAGUGGAUGACACCCCGCUCAUACAGACCUGAAAAACAAAAGGAAAACAUGAUUAGAAAUGUGAUGUCAUCAUACAACAGAGACUACAGGUGUAUGGGCACACUGAAACAUGAAAAGUCUUCAACAGAGUGGAGUGAUGCUUUCACAUUGAGAGUAUCUGAUCAUAAACCUCAGCCUGUCCUCACUGUGUCUCCAUUAUGGCUGAGUCCUGGAGCCUCAGUAACUCUGAACUGCAGUGUUAAACAUCCAUCUGCAGGAUGGAGGUUCUUCUGGUAUAAGGCUGUUCCCAGACUGUCAGACAACUCCUACAGCUAUGAGCUGAUACCUGGCAGCAUCAAUGGGACUAAACAGGAUUCCUACAUUGUUGAUGGACAGACACACACAGCAGGAUAUGUGUGCAGAGCUGGAAGAGGAGAUCCAGUGUAUUAUACUCAUUACAGUGAACCUAAGUUUGUCUGGUCUGGAGAUUCUCAUUCAGCAGCGUCUCUCACAGUGAGUCCUGACAGAAUGCAACACUUCAGCAGAGAGCCUGUGUCACUGAGCUGUGAGGGAAACUCUACUGAGUGGAGAAAAGUCAAAAGGUCUCAGAGCAGCAGUCGGGGCCCUGCUACAGACCACAUGAUCAACCAGGAUGAAACUCAGCUCAAAGAAUAUGCUCCUCCUCUCCAUGGUGAAUCCAACGAUGUCACAUAUUCUGUGGUUGAGCUCAAAAACAUCACUAAAAAGGGGAACAAAAAAGAGAAGCCAGAGGAGAACGCAGUUUACUCAGAUGUGAAGAUAAGAUCAGCUACAGACGACAAUGUGAUGUAUGCCCAGGUGAACUUUCACAGUAAAGCCAAGAGAGACAAAGAAGCAUUUCUCAGAGGCAGAGUAACAGUCGUGAGUGUGAAGAUGGGGCACACUCUGCUCUGUGUGCUGGGGGUUUUCUCACUGAAUUUACUCCUCUACUGUGGACAUGCUCAAGAUGCUGUGCUGACCAUUGAACCAAACUGGUCCACUUUAUUUACCGGAGAGUCUGUUACCUUCAUAUGUGACAUGAGGGAAGAAGAAGACACCGACUGGUAUUACAAAAUCAAGAGGGAUCAUCAAGAAUUUCUCCCCUUCAACCCCGAUAAGAGAUAUACAUCACAAUCUCUGUCGACAGACGACAGUGGUGAAUACCAGUGCAUUGGUGAUCACAAGCGCUCAGCAUAUUCAAGAAAAGAAAGUAAUAAAGUUUCUCUAACUGUAUCAGACAAAGAUGUGAUCCUGGAAAGUCCUGCGUCCACUGUGUUUGAAGGAGAAUCAGUGACCCUGCGCUGUCGACAUCGUACUCAGACAAAGGAGAAGAAUGCUGUUUUCUACAAAGACGGAUCACCUAUUGAAAGAGACACAAACCAUCAGUCAGCGAUGUCUUCAGAAAACACAGUUCAAGUCAUUUCAAAUGGGAGCUCUUACAUGUGUAAAUUUGAGGACGAAGAAUCUGAACCAGUAAAACUCAAAAUGGAACCACAACCAAAGGCCAGACUGAGCAGACACUUUCCAUCAGGGGGCAGUGUGAUGCUGACCUGCUCUGUGAGCCCAUCAUCAUCAUCAUCAUCAUCAUCAUCAUCAUGUUGGAAAUACUUCUGGUACAGAGGCAAUAAAACCUCUGAACCUCUGACCACACAAGAUGUUGUCUUCCUCUCAAAUGAAACAAUCAGUGUCUCACAGGGAGGACUCUACUGGUGCAGAGGAGGAAGAGGAGAUCCACUUUACUACACAGAGUACAGUGAUCCAGUCGUCACAAACAGAGCUGUUGUGACCCUGCGACCCAACUGGCCUGAGAUAUACUAUCUGGAGACGAUCACACUUACAUGUGAAAUUGAAGAUGGAGGAGACGCUGAGUGGGAGUAUGAAUGGAUGACACCCCGCUCAUACAGACCUGAAAAACAAAAGGAAAACAUGAUUAGAAAUGUGAUGUCAUCAUACAACAGAGACUACAGGUGUAUGGGCACACUGAAACAUGAAAAGUCUUCAACAGAGUGGAGUGAUGCUUUCACAUUGAGAGUAUCUGAUCAUAAACCUCAGCCUGUCCUCACUGUGUCUCCAUUAUGGCUGAGUCCUGGAGCCUCAGUAACUCUGAACUGCAGUGUUAAACAUCCAUCUGCAGGAUGGAGGUUCUUCUGGUAUAAGGCUGUUCCCAGACUGUCAGACAACUCCUACAGCUAUGAGCUGAUACCUGGCAGCAUCAAUGGGACUAAACAGGAUUCCUACAUUGUUGAUGGACAGACACACACAGCAGGAUAUGUGUGCAGAGCUGGAAGAGGAGAUCCAGUGUAUUAUACUUAUUACAGUGAACCUAAGUUUGUCUGGUCUGGAGAUUCUCAUUCAGCAGCGUCUCUCACAGUGAGUCCUGACAGAAUGCAACACUUCAGCAGAGAGCCUGUGUCACUGAGCUGUGAGGGAAACUCUACUGAGUGGAGAGUGAGCAGGUUUUCUGUAGAUGGCUACCCGAGACACUGUUCUUCUUCUUCUUCUUCUUCUUCUUCUUCUUCUUCUUCUUCUUCCUGGGGGAACAUGACUGGAUCCAGAUGCAACAUGGACCGUUACUGGCAGAGUGGAGUCUACUGGUGUGAGUCUGAAACAGGACAGUUCAGCAAUGCAGUCAACAUCACUAUACAGUACGGUGAUAUUAUCCUGGUGAGCCCUGUCCAUCCUGUUACUGAGGGAGAUUCUGUCACUCUUGGCUGCAAAUUGAGGACAGAAAAAGUUCCUUAUAAUGUGGAUUUCUAUAAAAAUGACAAACUCAUCCAGAGUGUUACUGGAGGGGAGCUGACUAUCUCUGCAGUGUCAAAGUCUGAUGAAGGCUUUUAUAAAUGUAAAGGAAAAGAUUCACCACAAGGUUUGCAGAGAUGGACGUCACCAGAGAGUUGGAUGUCAGUAAAAUCAGCGUCCAGGCCUGAACAAAGCUCUCCAUUUCCUGUGCUGUUGAUUGUUGGGCUGGUUGGUGGAGUUUCACUGAUUCUUCUCCUGCUGCUGUUUGUGUGUCGCUACACAAAGUCAAAAGAUUCAUGCUUUAUGAGGUCUCAGAGCACCAAUCAGGGUCCUGCUCCAGACCACAUGAUCAACCAGGAUGAAAUGCAAGGCAGAGAGUAUGCUUCUCUUCUCCACGGUGACGUCUGUCUCUAUGAAACAAUCAGAGGUUCUGAAGAACUUGAACACGGGAGGAAUAAUGAGCCAGAGGAGCACGAAUACUCAAAUGUGAUGACAGGAUCAGCUGCAGAUCUCCAGAUCAAUAAAGAGAUCUGCAUCAACAAAACCCACAGAAUGGAUGACAUGAUAAACUAA